CCCUAGCUUAAUUGUUUUAAAAAUAUUUAAUUUUUGAUAUUAAGAAAGAAUUAAAAUUAAAAGAGUAGAUGGGAAGUUGUGGAAGGAAUGGAGCAGUAAGGCAAUACAUAAGAUCAAAGGUUCCAAGACUAAGAUGGACUCCUGAUCUUCAUCACUCUUUUGUUCAUGCAAUUCAUACUCUUGGUGGUCCUGAAAAAGCUACACCAAAGCUUGUUCUUCAAAUGAUGGAUGUAAGAGGACUCACCAUUUCCCAUGUCAAAAGUCAUCUUCAGAUGUAUAGAAGCAUGAGGAGUGAUUGUGCUAAACAAGAAGAUGAAGAUCCCAAUUCCAUUGGAUCACACAGAAGGCAAUCUCUUGAGGACCAUCAUGAUGGAUGUCUUGAUCAUGAGCAGCAUCUCUUGAAGCCUACCUUUCAAGAUUCACAUCCUCACUUGUUUUACACUCUCCCUAGUAAAAGAGGGAAACUAGAGAGAAAAAUAAGCAAGGAUGAUCAAUGUAGGGAAAGUAGUGAUGCCAAAAGAGAGCAAGAGGACGCUAUAGGGAAUCUCAAAUGGCAACAAUCUCCUCUUUCUUUUCCACAUUUUCUCUUGCAUCCUUCUUUUGCCCAUGUAAAUGCUCUUCAUCAUCCAGAAUCUGACUUACUAAAGAUUUUCGACAAAGGUAAUGGAGAAUGUGAAUCAUUUAAGAGACGAAAAGUGGAGAGCUCGGGAAGCUUGCAAAAUGAAGACGAAGAUGAAGAAGGAUUAGCGUUGACCCUUUCAUUGCAUCACCCUUCGUCACAAAGGAGUAGUGCCGCUGGUUCGUCAACAAGCGAAAUCAGUGAGGUGUACUCGACACCUAAUGUAAAUGAUGGCACAUCGAACAAGUCUACUACUGUUGAUUUAGGCCUAUCAAUUGCUUUAUGUGGUAAUUGAAGAGUUUUAAUUUUUUCUAGAUAGUUUAAUUAUUAAUUAAUACAUAUUAUUAUCCUAUUUGUUUGUUUUAGCAUGAGUU